CUGAAAGAAAUAAGAGAGGGAUGUGGCACUGGCAGUGGUCUCUGCCAGGGCUGGAGUUCAAUGAUAGGGAGAGUAGAUGGCAUGAGGGAGAGCCGAAUGAUAAGAGCAGCCCUGAGAAAUGUGUGCGGAUGGACAAUCACACAUGGAAGGAUGUCCCUUGUUCUAGGAAUCAUACAUAUAUCUGCUAUGAUGAAAGGAGGCAAUCCAACAAGACAUUCCAUCUGAUUGAAGACAAGAUGAGCUGGCCACAGGCUCAGAACUACUGCAGAGAACAUCACACUGACCUGGUCAGUGGAGACCAACAGAUAGAGGACGACGAAUUCAAGAGAGAGUAUAAGUCAGACAACUGGGUGUGGAUCGGCCUGUUCAGAGACUCCUGGAGGUGGUCAGAUGGGAGCAGUUUCUCUUUCAGAUACAGGGAUCUGGAGUUAUUCAGAGAUGAAGACAGCAGCAAGAAAUGUGCUGUGACUCUGCUGGAUGGAAAAUGGAGCUCCGACGAGUGUAAUAAAACAAAACCCUUCUUCUGCUAUGGUGAUAAAGUGAUCCUGAUCAAAGAGAGCAAGACCUGGGAGGAAGCCUUGAAUUACUGCAGAGAGAAACACUGUGACCUGGUCUCCAUCACCAACCCUCACCAGCAGAGAUGGGUCCAAGAGAAAGCCAAGAAGGCUGACACUACCCACGUCUGGCUGGGACUGCGCUACACCUGCGUUAUGGAUUUGUGGUUCUGGGUCAAUGACAAUGCGGUCUGCUACCAGAAGUGGGCCUCAGAAGAAAAGACUGAGAGCUGUGACAGGGCUGCAGCCAUGAGCAGAGAGGAAGGACAUGAGUGGUAUGAAAAGGCUGAUACUGAAACAUUUAAUUUCAUCUGCACUGUAAAGUAAGUUUCCACAGGUCAGUGGUCGAAAGCAGCAGAAAGAUCCUAAAUGAGGGAAAGAUCAUAGUUUGAGUUUUUAAAAAGUUACUUGGUUAAAGUGUAUCUGUUAUUCUACUUUGUUGUUUUUGUGUGUGAGUGUGUGUAUUUAUCUUUUACACAUUUUUUUCAAGGUCCAGUGUGUAGGAUUUAGGGUACAUAAUGGCGCUAAUGGACGAUAACAUUAUAAUUAUAUUUUCCUUUUUGUAUAAUCACCUGAAGACAAGAAUUGUGCUAUUUGUUAGCUUAGAAUGAGCCGUUAAUAUAUCUUCAUAGGGGGCGGGUCGUUGUUCAUGGCCAUGUUGCACCUCCAUGUUUCUACACUAGCCCACAACAGACAAACCAAACACUGGCUCUGGACAGGGCUGUUUACGUUUCUGCAUCAGCCACCGUAGUUAGGAGCCCCUCUGCAAAAAGCCAAACAGCAUUGGAAAAACACAGAUUUUUUUUACAUGAAACUGCUUUAUUCAGUGUCUUUACCUGUAAAAAAUCACAGAGUCCAUCUGUUUUGGAGAGGAGGAGACCUCUAUGGAUAAUUCGGCUUCCAGUAGAAACCUCCUAAAUGUCUGGGUCUGAAGUUAUCAGAGAAAAAAAUGUGAGCACACAUUAGCAGGUGCAAGGCUAUUGGCCUGUCUGCAACGAGCCAAACAGCAUCGGAGAAACACUGAUUUUUAACAUGAACCUGCUUUAUUCAGUGUUUUUACCAGUUUAAAUCACUGGGCUCAUUUGUUUAGGAGAGGAAGAGACCUCUGUGGAUAAUUCAGCUUCUGAGGCCUGUACUACGAAGCAGGAUUUGGAAUUGGCGAAGCUGGUUCUCUUUUUACGAGUGAUGGCCAAAUGAGGCCUCAUGAACCACUGUCUUUAUUUUCUGAAGCCACCAGAUGGCGCUGUGUGUUCAACAAAGGCUUGAAAGUACACUUCAUUGCAAGUCCUUCAGCCUUUAUCUUGAAACCAAGAGCGCCAUGUGGUGGGGUCAGAAAAUAAAGAAAGUGGUUCAUGGGGCUUCAUUUGGCCAUCACUACGUUUUUACCACAAUGAAUCAAGGUGGUAACUUACACUGAACCAACACAUUCUCACUCCGACCUUGUCACAUAUUGAUGUUUUGGUCAUGGAAUUUCCACGUCCACAUUCGACGUGCAAGGUACCCUGGGCGUGUUUGUUGUUGACGUUCUGGGACACCGUGUCAAGUUCUCUUCUUUCAAGAUCCACUUCCGUUUCACAGGAAAUUGACGUUUACAUACAGUCUCUUUUAAAGCAAAUGCACUACGUCGGUACAACACUGCAAAGCUGACAUUUUCUUUUCCUUCAACAACAAACACACAGGUGGGUUUAAGCAACAAAAACACAUGGUUAUGUUUAGCCAACAAAGGGAAGUGGUGAGAUUUAGGAGAAAAGAACAGGGUUUGGCUUUAUAUUCUUACGAGACACGAACACCACUCUCUCGGGUGAAAGUCGGUGUUUGUUGGACCCAUCCACCACCCCUCCCGGCCUGUUCGAACUUUCGCUGCCUUAGCUUUCACCCCCUGACGCUGCUGGGUGCCAUCAAACUAAAUCGGCAACCGGCUGUGUAUCAUGCCAACGUGUUGUUGGUUCCUGACACUGCAAGUUGUGGAUUUCGACAACUUCGGUGUGAGACCGUGCUCGCCCACAGCCUGUCAACACCCUGACCUCUGGCCCCCCCCCCCCCC